AUGACGGCUCCACACCCCCAGAUGCCCGGAUUUCAAUCGGCCGGGGUUCCCAACGUACGGAGAGCUGCAGGACCAUUGUCAAGGUCACUGCCAACUCUAGCUGCUAUAGGUGCAGUCGCUGCCGUUGCUACAUAUGUCCGAUCACAGCUCAGUACCAGCAAAAGCACAUACAACAAGAUAUUUGCGCAACAGAACACCCCUGAGGUCGAGGAGGCGCAGAGAAGGCAGCUGAUGGUGGAAACGAACGGCGACCCGCGAAGAACGCUUUUCAACAUUCUGGGUUGGUAG